GGCGGUAGGGAGGUUUGGCAUCGAUGGGAGAAAGAUAAGCCAUACGGAGCCGAGGGCUGGUUGAGAAGGGAUCGAGAGAAGGGGAAAGAACGAAUGACGCAUCGUAAGAGGCAGGAUAGCGCGGAGGAUAUCUAGCAUGGCCGAUCGCGGUCACGGCGUUUCCGUUCCACGAUUAGAUGUUUACACGUAGGUAGAAACGACUUGCUCGUUAAUCGUGUGCGCGCCAUGGGUGCGACCAUGGGUGUUUCACGGUUCGUUGCGAAUCGAUAACGCGUAAAGAGUAUCGAGUGAGCGCGACGCGGCGUCUCGAUCGAUCUAUGUAGUAGUAGCAGUAGUAAUAGUAGUAAUACUAGUGGUAGUAAUAGUAAUGUAGUAGUAGUAGGAACGUAGCCGUUCGCCGUAUCAUUGCCCGACGCGGCGUCGGUGAAUCGUCGAAGGAGAUCGCCUGGCGCCGGUUAUAUCGUGCGUUCUCUCGCUAGUUCGAUCGCGUUGUGCCGCGCGUACUUCACUUGGACGCUCGGCGGCGUAACGCGACGACGGAAGUUAAGAAAAACGCGGCAAACGAGCGUGGAAGUGACUUGGAACUGGUCAGGCGGGAAAAACCAGGUCACUCGUCGUUGGUAUCGCGUGGUAUCGGUGACUGGAGGAGACGAAAGAAACGAAAGUCGUAAAGGUAAAUGCGGCAAAUGCCGUUGACGCGCUUGCGCCUCACGGAGCACGGACGACCACGCGUUGCGACAACAGAGGAGCGGAAAGGGAGAGAGAGAGAGAGAGACACGCGGCGCAGUGUGAGAUUUUUGGAGGCGACGCGAGGUGGGCUGUGAGGGAGUUGCGACGAAGUUGCCGGCGAAUAAACGAGAGAGUAAAGAGAUGCGAUAAUUGACUGCGAGUAAAACGAAUGAAAAAGAGAUGCUUCGUGUGUGUACGGCAUCGUGUAAAGUAUCUCGCGAGCCGGAUCCUAGGUUAAACGUAGCGCUACGGUGUGCGGUAGCUUUGAUCGAUUUGUUGUUUGGUGCAUAAUAACACGUGAUCGUCGAAAACGAAGAAGAAAUUGAAGCUGGUGUAGGAAGGAAAUGCGAAUUGGUGCCGGUUGUCUUCGUUCGCUCGUCGGAUCGAUGGGAAGUCGGUGAUACAAAGUGGUGAAUUCCCUCGUUAGUUUUGCAACCCAGUUCAUCCGAUUCGUUUCGUAAUACACAUUCUUCGGAGUAGAAGGAAUACGAGUUGGGAGAUUGGGAAUCGGUUGAUGAAUCACUAUUGAUAAUUUCACGUGAGAAUCGUGACCAAUAUUUGGCACGUUGAAACGUGAAUGGAUUGACGUACCGCGUGUUUCGCAUCACUCUUGAAGAUUGAACGUUUAUUAAUAAAAUAGGUUAUUUUUUACCUGCGCUGAAAAACAUUACAGGGAGACGAGACAAUCGAUUUUUUUUAAUCUUCGCUUUGCUCGGAUCCGUUGCACGACGCGAAAAAAUGAUUUUUCAUUUUUAUGCGAAAGAUUAGAGAUUCGUAAAAAUCGAAGAUUUAUCGAUUAUUAGAGAUUCGAGUGAACGAGAUUGAAUAGACGAAGGAGAUCGCGCGUUCGUUAGAUUUGCUCGAUCAGUGAUCGAGUAACACGCGUUCGACCGUGUCUCGGAUGGUCGACUGAUAGCUACCACGAAAGCUGCCACAAAUAAAACAUGAUGCGAUACGAGAAUUGCGAGUGAUGACGCAUUCAAAGACACCGCGCCUGUAAGGAAACUCGACCAUUGACCGAACACGAAAACAACACUGAUAAAUUUUCAUGCCUUGUAUCUUAUUUUUUAUGCUCGCGAUCAUUUUUCUUUUUUCUUUUCUUUCUUAUUCCACCCAAGUAUGAAAUCAUUCUUUUGAAAUAUACUCAACGUUUACUCUCGUCGAUCGAAGAUUAAUUGCAUUGCUCGAUCGACGAACAAUAAUUUCGAUCCAUAAACGAGAGCAUCAAUACAGACGUACUCUCUCGAUAGUUUUGAUCCACGUGCGUUUGUCGACCGGUCGACGGUUAUUUCUUUUUCAGCGCGAGGAGGCAGGAAUCAAACGCGUUUAUGGGUUAGUUAAGUGGAAUAAUUACGAUUACGGUCACGAUCACAGUCACCACAUUCAUCAACACAGUGAUAUCAUCACAGUUUUAUCCAAGAUAUGAAUCGUCGAAGUAACGAAGAAUAGGGAUCGAAUCGAAAUUUAUCUUCUAAAGAAAGAAUCGUUGGUCGAUGAUUAUUCCACGAUCGUUUCCUUGCAACGGUGCGAAUCGUCGAUAGAUUUGGAAAAAAAGGGAGAUUUAUCUGCAUCGAGGAGGAAGACUGCAGGAGGAGAGACGGAAGUGAAAAGAAAAGGUAGCGAGAUUGGGAAAAGCAAAAUCAAAAGGGGAAGAUCGACGUCGGUAAUGAGACAGGGAAAGGAAAACUGUUGAGAGGCGGUCGCGAGACAGGGGCAGUGCCGUAUCCUGGGGGCCCAGGGUAUGCGCAAGAUCUAUUAAUAACUUGUAAUACGGUGGUAGUGGGGCGCUGUCCGCUAGCGGGUGAAAAUAGAAAAGAAUGUUUUUGGAAUCCAAUUGGACUUGGUUGGCCGAACGAUGGGGCAAUAUGGCCGACUUGGCCGAGCGGGUGGACGAUCUGAUAUGCAGUUUCGACUCGGCUGGUGACACGACCAUGGAUACCUUAUCGAUGCUCAUAUUCGGCUGGAUGUUGUUCGGAUUGAUGGUACUGUGUGUCGGCAAAUACGUUUACAAUCGGUUCGUUUUAAACGGGCUCAGUUCUGGGACAAUAGUUACCGCCAAGGACGGCCAUAUCGUCCACGGUGAUAGCGUCGGUGUCAGUGGUGGUGGUGCUGGUGGUGGUGGUGCUGGUGCUGGUGGUGGUGGUACUGGUGGUGGUGGAGGUGGUGGCGGUAGUGGCGGCAAAUUGCUUUUGCUUGGCAAGCAAAAAAUCGUUUCGGGGACCGGGGCAGGUGGUGGCGGCGCCGGUUCCGGAUCGCUCGCAUCCGUUGCUCAUCCGGCCGGUGGUGGUGCCGCCAGUCCAACUUCCGGCACCUCGCCUUACGUCCCGCCGACACCUCCUGUCCGCAAACGUCUCACGAGGAAGACAUCCGGCGCUUUGAUCAGCCCGGCGAGGAGUAGCAAAAGUUUGCAUCUGCCGACGGCAACCGGUGCCGAUCCCGAUGCUGUCCGCUGGGUUAACGAGGUUAUCGUUUGGCUCUACUCGGAUCCAGCGAUUUUGGACGAGCUGUUGGCCUUUUGGGUCGCGUCUCUCAAUCAAUUUACCGCAAACUCUGUCGACGAGCACGGAGUCGGGGUCGAAUUCGUUCGAGUUUUACCUGAAACCCAUCCACCGAAUCUCUCCAACAUUUUUUGCGAAUGCGACUCGAAGGACGACGUGACGAUCACGUGCGAUUGCGAAGCCACUCCAGCCUUACAGUUAAAAGCAUUCCGCCGGAAAGCUGAGAAACUCGAAGUAAGUCACUAUCGAGUGAACGUGAACCGUUUCCGCGCCCGAUUGAACGUCAUCUGUAUCACAGAGAAGCUUCUCCUCGAUUUGAAAUGCGACGGCUGGCCGGACGUGAAAGUUUCAUUGGCCCAAGUGGGCACGAUAAAGAAAGAUCUGGACGAGAGCCAGUUGCAGGAGGUCGUAACGGAAAUCGUGAUAGGAGCGUUAAGGGGGAUCAAUGUCCAUCUGAAUUUGUUCCAAUAUCCGAGCUGUCCACGGUUAUGGAGGGAACCGGCGACCACCCAGCCAAGCUUCUCGAUCCCUAUGCACUACGACAACGUGCAUACGUCGAGCAGCUCGCUUCAAAGCUCGCGGCAACGGCUUCAGACACAGAGCCCGACCCUGUCUCAAAACCAGUACGUGGUCAGCGACAGGCGGUUGCUCGUCAAAGUGGCGAGAGCCGCGGAAUUGGGCGGAGAGAAAGGCGCCGUGGAACCGUAUUGCGUCGUCGAAUUGGACGAGCCUCCUCAAAAGAAUCAAACGUCCGUGAAGAAGGACACUAGAAACCCGUCGUGGGACGAAGCGUUCUUAUUCGAUGUUAAUCGGAACACGUCGGAAGUAUUGUUGGAAGUUUACGAUCGCGCGAAUAAAUCGCAACGAUUCUUAGGCCUGGGAAUCGUGGGGAUCGACGAGCUUCUCGCGAAUCCGAGUCAAAGGCAGAUAAUACCUCUUCAAAAUCGGCCCUACGAGGAAGAAGAUAUUACCGGCACCCUGACCGUUGAGUUUCUAUUCAUCGAGGGUGCGGAGGUGCCUCAAAUUGGGAACAAACCUUACAAGGUGAAGGAGACGAUAAAGCCGGUGUCACCGACUCCUCGUACCUACACCCCGACAAAUCUCAUCAGCGACAAUAAUCUAAAUUACAACAAUGGUAACAGCACACUUAUCUUGUACGACUCUACCGUUCAACCCGAAGGGGAUUACCUAACGAACGGGAACGUGGUGGACUCGCCUUACAGAACCGGUCAAAGCAACGGGAAUAAAGGAACGCUGAUAGUGCACAGCCAGCAAAGGCAGCCAGAGCGGCAGAUAGUUAAGGUCGCCCUAACGGAAAGUGGGAACUGGCAAGAGAUCUCUCCGGAGCAUGGACCAAAAGAUACAAGCGUGACGUCGGGACCGGAAAGCACACCGAAUUCUUCCAAUUCCGAAGAGAGGGGAAGAACGAGAAGAAAACGUCGAGAUUUCUUUGGCACGAUAAAGAAACGGCUGAGUCGAUCGAAGACGAGAAGCAGAUCGGUUGGACCGGAAGGCGAUGCGAAUCACGAGGAUCCACACUCCAGAUCUAUAUCCGCGGACAGGGCUCGCGAUCCUGGCUCGGCUCGUUUAUCGAUACCAGGGAGGGAGGAACAAUCGAGAAGAUCGAGUUUGAGCGAGGCAUCCGGUAUAAGCGGGGCGUCGACCAAAACUUACAUUAACGAGGCUUCUACAUUGGUCCUCGAAACGCUCGAGAACGGUAUCAAAAAGCAUUACCUAGUACCGUUGUCGCUCGCACAAAAAAGUAAAUGGCGAAAGAAGGGCACAAAGCUUCAUAUAUUUAACGAUCACACUUUUAUAGCGAAACACAUGGCUGGAGGGACAGUGUGCGAAGUGUGCAAGAGAACGCUUGCGCGAAGAUUAGGCAAACAGGGUUACGAGUGUAGAGACUGUCAAAUGAAGUGUCACAAGCAUUGCCAUGUCAAGGUAGAAACUACGUGUCCCACGUCUACGAUUCAAAGCAUCGAAUUGUCUCUUCUGCCAGUACUCAGUGAAUAGAACGGAACAUGCAUAAAAGUUCCACGGGCUGAGCGCAGAUCGACGAAUCGGUUGUGCUGAUCAACACUUGAACGAAUGCCUUCGAAUAAAUUAAAACGUUUCAUCCUACUUGGGGACUAAUGUCGAAGAAAUUUCCUUUGUUGAAAUUAUCUUUCGAAUCGCUUCGUACGUAGCCGUAUAUAUCCGCGAGAGGGAAACACGCUACAUACAAAUUGAUAUUUACACGACAUUGUAGACAAUCUUGAGCAAAGCAAAGCCGCGAGCUUUUGUUUAACGAUAGGCGUUAAGAUUUGCACGAAGCGGCUUUGAACGCCGUAGCACCGUUCCGUUAUUCGCUAUUCUUAUUAUCACGCCUUUUAAUCUAUACACGAAAUUAAUAAUACACGAACACGUGAACACGUGAAAACGAAGAAGCGAACGAAACGAAACGAUAUAAAAAAAAAAAAAAAAAAAUUAAACGAAACGAAAAAGAAGUGGUAAAUAAACUUUCUUCUAGAAGCAGCAUGUUCUUCGAUUCGAAAUAGAUAAUAAUCAUAUAUGAAAGAAAUAUGAAAUAGAUGAAAUGUUCGCGACCAAUGAUAAAAGUAUCUAUACUAUUUACUAUUUAUUCUUAAUAAUAGUUCCCUUUCGAAUUUUCACGAAACUUUUUACACUUAAAAGAACGUCCGAUUUUUUCUAUUGACUUGUAUAAUCUUAAGCCUUGAACAAUUAUAUCGUAUCGCUCUUUUUCCUUCGUUAUCUCUCUCUCUCUCUCUCUCUCUCUCUCUCUCUCUCUCUCUAUCUAUCUAUCUAUCUAUCUAUCUAUCUAUCUAUCUAUCUAUCUCUCUCGUCUGGAACAUAGGAAGGAAUUUUUAUUUAAGGAUAUGAUGACCGUGAUAAAAAUUGUGGAAAUUGAUGAAGAAAGAAAACUCGUGAACGAUAGUGCCUCUAGAUACGAAAGUUCGUUGUUAUCUUUGAAAUAUUGUAAAAUCUUUAUAUCCGGGAGAAAUAAUACUCUUGACAAUAUUUUCGAUCGCUGUUCGAUAAAUUCGAUCGAUCAAUCAAACUUGAACGCUUCAACGCGCACAUUUGUGCCUAUGUAUCGUGCGAAAGGAAAGCAAUCGUAAUAUUCGCGUUACCAGUUGAAAUAAAAUAUUAUUAUAAUCAUGAUUAUUACGAUUGACAAUUAAGAUUCUGAUAAUUAUUAUCUUUUAUUGCUAUUAUUACUAUUACUACUAUUAUUAUUAUUAUUAUUAUUAUUAUUAUUAUUAUUGUUAUUAUUAUUAUCGUUAUCGUUACUAGAAUCAUUGCCGCGAUUUCAUAUAUUAUCAGCGCUAAAUAUAUAGAAGAUCGCGAGCGAUUUAUUUAUAACACGAACGAACAAAGAAAAUUCGCACAAUUAUUGUAACGAAGAUGAUAAUGAUAAUAAUACUGUGUUACGUUGAAAGAAAUAAUAUACAUUAUAAUUCUA